CUAGGCUGAGGAGGGCAUUUCGGCCAAUUUGUCUUCCAAACAGAAACCGCUCCCACCACUCAACCGUUUACACACUUUCUAUGACCAUUUCCUGCCUAUUCUCUGUGUCAUUCCCAGUCCCAUGCGUCGCGCUGAGGCUGAUGGUCAAAUCCACCAACCCUUGCCUUCCCUUUUCGCAAUAUCUCGAGCAACAGCCACCGCGUUCUUUCCCUGGGGCUAGUUUUGCCGUAUCUGGAGGCCGAGACAAUACACGCCGUCUUGACUCGGUGGCUUCGGCUUUAAUCCGCUUUGGUCCAAGGUGAGAACCACCUUACGCUUGCAGUAGCCUAAUUCCACCUCGUCGAUAAUUUCUUGCGGUUGAGAUAUCGGCUUCGCACCGUUUCUUCGUCAUUUGAGAAAGCCGCAUCGUCCAGCCCGUCGACAGCGCUUAAUGAUGCUCCAUUUGCCAGCAUGCCUGAUAAAAUGACGCGGGAAGUGGUAUAUGAUACAUCUUUCGGAAAGAUCGAAGCUCAGGGUACCAUGUACUAGACAAAAGAUGGUCGUUUCGAUUGCGCAUCGUUGUCUCUAAUUUUGGCAGACAUAUCUGUUGAAGGAUGCCCCCGGCCGCCUACGGCCCGAGACAGCCGGGACCUCAUACAGGCUCCAAUUCCCUCGCCUAGCUACCUCAUGAUAGUCAUGACAAUACACACAUCUUUGACCUCUUAA